CGGCAGUGGAUAUCAAACGCAAUCAUCCCUCGAAGAAGCAACAUCAACAUGUUCAAAUACGCUGCUGUCAUCCUCUCCAUCCUGGCCUGCGCCUCCGCCAAACCCGGUUUCCUGAGUGCUCCUCUGGCCUACAGCGCCCUUCCUGCUGCUGUCGUUGCUGCACCUGCUCCAGUUGUCACCGCCACCAGUAGCCAGGUGUUUGCCAGGAACUACAAUGGAAUCGCCACAGCUCCAGUGAUCGCUCCAGUUGCUGCUCCUCUGGCCGCUCCAGUGAUCGCCAAGUAUGGCGCUGCUCCUUUGGCUGCUCCGUUGGCCUACAACGCUGCUCCUCUUGCCUACACCUCGCCUCUGGCUUACUCAGCUCCUCUAGCCUAUAACACCUUUCCUGCCCACGCACCUGUUCUGUUGUAAGAUUCUAGA